AAAUGGCAAUGGAAUAGUACUAGUCGGACAACUUCACGUCGCACGACUCGCACGACUGUCAACGGAGGUUUCGAAAAUGCGCUGGGAGACGCGCGCCGAUUUCGUCGUCCUGUACGUGUGACUCGGACUCGGCUUGCGGAGAAGCCGUGAAAUCAUGUGGCCGAUACGACCGGAGAUGACUCGCGACGAGUGCAGGAAGUGCCUACGAUGCCUCGAAUUAGAUGCUUAUGGAAGUAUGGUCUCUGUCCUACGAGCUCAAGGCCCUUUCACCACCGAAAAACAGAAGUUAUUACAAGAACUUGCUAAAGUAUUACAUAUCUCCAAUGAAAGACAUCGUGCCGAAGUACGGAGAGCUGUAAAUGAUGAGAAACUUGCAACAAUUGCAGAACAACUUAAUGGCCCAAAUACUGGUAUAGAUUGGACUCUCGAAGGUCGACGAACUAUUCCUCUUUUGCCAAGAUUAAAAGCGAGGUCUGCAUUUACGACAUUAGCAAAUAGUCUGUCCAUUACAACUGCGAUUGCAAAUGAGAAGAAACCUGAUAGACACGAUCCCAUUAGACAAUCUGAUAGACAUGAUCCCAUUAGACAAUCUGAAAACUCAACAGAUGCUGAAACUGAAUCUCAUUCUAAUAUAAAAGUGGAGGAAGACUCGUCUAUUAUUAGCACAAAAUUAAAUAGCUUUGAAAAUGAGCUGGAUGACCAGAUCAAAAUCUCACAGGAAAAUUCAAAUUUGAAUGAAGAUGAGAGAAAAGAUGACAAGAAUAUGCUUAAUAAAGUUAGUGAAAAGCCCAAGGAACUUUCUCGAAAGCGUAAAUCUCCUUCUCCGUUGCCAACGGCGCCACCGAAUAAAGUUUUAGUGGUAUCUGAUCCACCAAACCAUACACUGCGAAUUUCUGAAAAUAAGCAAACAUCCCAAGCACAAGUAACCAAAUGUCAAAAUGUUGCAUUAAUUACGGUCACUGAUAAUGAGAUUUCAGAUUCUAAAGAAAGUCCAACAGUGGAACAUCCAAAUGAGUGUACCGCAGUUCCAGUAAAUAAACAUAUAGUUGCUGUAACUUCCAUAUGUACGAGCAACAUCAGCAAUCCUAAGACAGUAGUAAGCACUGAGCAGAAUAAAAUUAGUACAAAAGUAAUAGUGCCGGCGGUAACAAGCUGUAUAUUGAGCAUAAACAAAAUGCAUUCGAGCAAAGACACACAACCUCAAGAUAGCACAAAUGGUACAGAGAAAACCCAGGUGUCUGAUAAUACUAGCUCAAAUCCGUCUCCUGUAAAAAGCUCUAUGAUGCCAAUUAUAGCUACUAGAGUGUCAAGUCCACGACUUACACAAUCAAUGCCUGUGUAUCCUGGAACCACGGUAUCAAGCGGCCCUGGGCCACCUCAAGUUAAACAAGUUCCCAUAGCAUUAAUGUGUCAGAAACUGCCAUCCGAACAAAUUGCAACUAUUGAUCAAUCCACUGCCAAAAUGGGUAUUUUUCCCAAGAAAGUUGUAAAUAUGCCUCAUUAUACUAACGCUAAAUUAAAUAAGGCUAAUGUGAUUGUCAUCCAGAAGGCAAACGCUGUAACACUAUCACACGCAGGCAAGGAAGUGCUAGGAAAAGUAAUAAUGGGAGGAAAGAAUCUAUGUGUUACGAGCCAACAUAAUGCAAAUUCGAUUAAUGUUCAAUCCCAUCAUAUCUCUCUGAAUAACGGAGAUCAAGCAAAGACUAUGCUGCCGAUUGCAAGCUUGCCACAGAAUGUAGAAUCUGUCAAAACGAACAUAAAGUCUGGAAAAGCAGCGGUUGUGGUUACACGUUUACGACAUGACGUUCCGGAGAACAAAGUUCUUUCACUUUUUGAUUCGCCGACCAUUCUUAAUGUCGAAUCCAAGACUGUGAUACAGGAUGUAAAUGCGCGUUUAUCAAAGGAAGAAUGCAACAGUGACAAAAAUACGAUUAAUCAGGAAUCAUCUCUGAAAACAGAUUCCAUAAUUACUUCUAUAUCAGAAGAAAAAUACAGAAAAAACAACGAUGUUAACGUGAGUAUGAAUUCUCAGAACACAAACAUACUAGAAGCCUCAAAACCUUUAGAAAGCAAGGAAAUAGUCAUCAGGCCAAAGGAAGUAGAUGAUGAUAAUAAAAAUGAUAUUCGAAAAGAAAAACUUGACGAGAACGUGGAUGCAGUUGACGCAACGCUAGAAUCGACAAAUAAGAAUUCGCAGAGCUUCCAGUACUCAGUGGACAACGAAAAAAAUUGGGAUUUAGAAAAGUCGUCAAGGUCGAUAAUAACCGCAAAUCAAAUGGACAAGCAUGACGACUCGUAACAACUAAAGAUCUCGCGUUACGCGUGUGUCGUAAUCAUCAUUAUACGAUGGCAAGGCUGAUACUUCCGUUUUAAAAACGUACUGAUGUAUUUAUCAUGUAUAAGUGUGUAUAUAUAUACACACACGCUUAUGUUUCUAUUUAUAUAUGUACAUCUAUUUUAAUGAAGUUUAUAUACAUAUGACUAUGUUUGCUCCUCGGAAAGGAUUUCAAUGAUCUCAAAAGGAUUGAAAAUGACCGAUGCCAAUCUUUCCAUUAUUACAUAUGCAAAAUGAAUAAGAUAAUUUCACCUUUCAUAUUUGUAUACAUAAGAUUUUGACUAAUUCAAACAUUAAUUGAUAUCAAUAUCAAUAUCAGACAAUAUUGAUAUCAAUUAAUAUUAUUGUAUAUAAGUGCCAAAUUAUAUAAUCUGCCAUUAAUUUAUACUUUUGUAAAGAAAUAACAUGUGCGCUUAUCCAGUCAUUUAAUUCUUCGUAUCCCAACUUGCAAUAUAAAUUCAUUAGCUUUUAACUACUCUCCCGAGAGAAAAGAAGUAAACUGAAAUUAUUUGCAUUUAGUACUAAAUUCAAUCGAUUAUCAAUGAUUAUUAUUCUGGUUUUUAUAUUCGUUAUUGAAAGAUAAAAGCAGUUAUAUUUAGUACUAAGUGUAGCUAUCGAAGAUUCAUAUUUCUACUACAUAUUUAGCAAAUACAGUUAUUCAUUUAAAAAAUUAUCGGGAAGUUAUUGAAUCAAUACUGUUACUAUAAAUAUUAAUGCAAUUGCUAUAAAUAUAUUAAUAUAUUUUAUAUGUAAAAAAUAUGCAAUAUGCAAAGUAUAUUAAUAUAUUUUAUACGUUGCUCUGGUGUGUGUGUGUGUGUGUGUGUGUGUGUGUGUGUGUGUGUGUGUGUGUGUGUGUGUGUGUGUGUGUGUGUGAAAGAGAGAGAGAGGGAAAGAGGAAACAACUAGAUGUGUCAAACUGCAUGCACACUCGCAAAUUACUUUGUACUUCUGUUUGUAAAUAUGUAAGUCUAAACAUUUUUGUAAAUGUGAUAUUAUGACGUUAAGUACUAGAAAUUUGGUUUGAAUCUGUCACUUGCUCAUAUUACUGUUGCAGCGACGUUGUAAAUAUUUUGUAAAUGUAUCAACGUAUUGGACUACUCUGAGAAAAAGACGGGUGGAUAUAUACUUUCUUCUACCCUAUUGCUAUUAAUAAAGUACGAAUGUUAAUAAACGUUCAAUGAUAGCAUUAGUUAUCAAUAGCGAAAGAGUCAAGUAUUGUUUUUUUGCUAUUUUUAAAUAAAACUGCUCAUGCAGAAAAAAACAAUCUGUUUUCACUUAAGAAAGUGUGACAGAAAAGGCUAUAUUUUUUGUAAGCGAAAUGACACUGCCCUUCGAAUUGCAAUAUCGUGUUAUUCUAUUACUCAGACUUUACUGUAUUUCAUGCAGUAUUUCCGCGUAAGUUGCAGAAUAUUUUCGCCUAAAUUCUUACUAUACAAAUUUGUAAGCAGAUAAUUUGCACGAUUACAUAAUCCUCAAUGUGUAAAUCGAAAUCGUUGCGUUUUCUAUAUUGAAUAUAUAUUCGGCAUGUACUGAGUGUCUCAGGUUUCUCGUAUCAAGAGACGCUAUAGCGUUUCACGACACACACACACACACACAUAUAUAUAUAUAUAUAUAUAUAUAUAUAUAUAUAAUAUAGCAAAUAGGAAAAGACAACGUAUUUUUUAUCGGAAUAACGGGCUUUUUUCGAUAAUUUAUCUAUUUUUGCACAUAAGCAAUUUUAAAGAGAUACUAAAGUUCACGAAUAAUUUAAUUCAUUAAUCAGUUUUUCAAAAUUAAUGUUCAGCUAGUUCAAAGCGGGCGUUAUAUUAGUAAUCUCAAUAUAAGAUUUUGUUGCCGAGAUAAUAUUGUAUGUUAAGAAAUUAUUUUUAAAAUGCGCACGUACAGCGCAUUCACUCAAAGGCAAUACUCUCAUUUAGAUAUAAAAUUUAUAAACAAAAACUGAUGCAAUAAAUCAGAGAUACUCUGUCGCGCGCGUGCGCGCGCGCGUGUGUGUGUGUGUGUGUGUAAUACUAAUGCAAACUGUAAAUAUACGAACAAUAUUUAUAGCUAAUUGCGAAGAAAUAAAGAUAUUUAAAC